UUAACCUACAAAUCUGUCCGUCUUUGGAAUGUGUGAGGAAACCGGACGCGGUCACAUGGAGAAGAUACAAACUCCCUACAGACAGCACCAGUAGUCAGGAUCGAACCCGGGUCUCUAGCUGUAGAGCAGCAACUUGUCCGGGACGCCAAAGUUCGAGCCGCAGUCGCUCCCCUCCGCUGCCCGCCGCGGGAUGUCGGCGAUGGAACCUGGAUCAGAUGCCACUCUGUCAGCUGAAAGUGUGAUGUGUGGAGUUUGCUGUAACCAGCUGAGGAGACCCAAGCUGCUUCCAUGCCUGCACAGUGUCUGCCUGGAGUGCCUGCAGAAUGUGUGGGUGGGGCAGGACUUUGCCACCUGUCCCAUCUGCAGUGCCCCCACAGACGGGGACAUCACCAAAGUACAAGACAACACACUGCUGGCCAAACUGGUGAGCAAAGUGCAGCUGCAGCAGAGGAUUGAUACCGGGCUGGACAUCUGGUGCAGUAUUUGCCAGACUUGUGGCAGUGAAGAGCCUGCCACUUUCCUGUGUUUCACGUGUGAUCAUUUCUUGUGCCUGAGAUGCUUCCAUGGCCAUCAGCUGUUGACUGAGCAGCAUGGACACACGGUGAAGUCCCUGGAAAACCUGAAGGCCCUCAGCUGCGAGGAAUUUGUCAUUUUAUCAAGGAACGAGAGGCAGGCCACUUGUCCAGAACACAAGGACCAACAGAUCAGCUUUUUCUGCAAGACGUGUUCUACCAGCGCCUGCUGCAACUGCCUGCUGCUUCACCACACCCCCCAAGGUCACCUUUAUCAUGACAUUAAGCAGGAGGUUCGGCAGGAGGGCGAAGCGUUGAAACAAAUGGUGGACGCGACACAGCAAACGCACAGUAGAUUUGCGGACUGUCACUCAGAACUGAUGACCCUGGAAGAAAGCAUGAACUUGAGAAGAAAUGAAAUUGAAGCUGCAGUGAAACAUCAGGCUUUUGUCAUCGAGCAAGAAAUCAUUGGUCAGGGAUGCAGCUUGAAGAGGGAAUUGGAGGAUAUGUGCAAGCUGGAACUAAGCAGACUGGCCAACAGGCUGAGACAAACAGAGCAAAUGUUGCACAGGAUGGAAGCUGGCCACAAGCUGGCCGACCUUAUACUGAGGCUUGGCACAAAUAACGAGAUGAAAGAUAUGAUUGAACCAAUUAGAUCAGGCCUGAUGGCCAUGGGGCAGGCAAUGCCCUUCGACUCGAGCAAGGAGGUCACCUCGAUGGAAUUCAGGGAAUGCCCUCUGGAAGUAAAGAACCUACUCGGUACUUUCCCCCUCAAAAGAGAACAUGGAGAGGAAGUGAAAAACCCAGAAAAUGAGGAGGAGCGGAGAGAGGAAGCGAAAGAUCCAGAAAAUGAAGAGUCUCCACAGGAAGCUUCCGGAAAAGUACAAGUUGAAAGUUCUCUUUCAAUGGAAGAUAAAAGUGCACCAGAUAGCCAGUCACAGCACCAGCCCAGUGAACACAACUAUAGUGUGAGCAACACACCGCCCCAGCUCCCCUCGUCAACUACGACGGAGAACGGCAUCCUCAAUAUUUCCAGUGACACAGGCGAUGAAUCGCAGCAGCCUGCGGCAGAGGAGUCAAUAAUGCUCUCGUCCAAUGACAGCGAGGAUGAUAGCAUCAUGGUUGUGGAAUCCUCUGAGACUGCCGCCGUGCUGGUGCACCCCGAGAGCAGUAAAGAUCCAACUGACCACAGAGCAAACAACGGUUCUGGUUGGAUGAACGGGGAUUUGUUUCAGGAGGGGUCGUCGGGAAUGUGGCAGUGUCAGAAGCUGCGAGGCCAUCCUGUGGUCUUCUUCCAGAUCAAGACCACCGGUGUGGGAGACGAUGACAUUGUGCACCUCGCAGCAGUGAGUGGCGAGAAGGUCUUUAACGAGUACAUCAUGCCCUGCAGCCCUAACUUGGCCGGUGUGGCCACUGCCAGUGGCUUUAGGGUUGUGGAUGGGGUCCUGUACCCCCAUGGGGAAUGUCUGCCAGCCUGCAGCCUCCAGUAUGUCAUGGAUUCUUUCCUCCACUUCCUGCAGCAGCUGGAGAUGCCUGUGUUGGCCGGAUAUGGCAUCUGGAACUGUGACUCUCCAACUCUUUGCAGAGCUUGGGAGAGACUGUCCAUGAAGAAUCAAUUUGCCCGGUGUAUUUCCGGAUUCUUGGACAUUCUGUGGCUGGCCGAGAAAAUUGUCCCCAAGUCGAUAGUCAAGAACUACCAGCUGAAGCAUUUAGUGAGCAUCUUGGUUGGCGAGCUGGAGGUUUGCAAUGAGCAUACCCUGCGGAGACUGUAUGUGGUUCUGCUGCCUAGUCUGCAGCAGGCAGAAGACAGCCAAUUCACUCUGUCCCAGUUGGAAUGUCACAUAUCCCUGCAGACUCUCAUCAAGCACAAAGUGAUUUCCCGCCUGGUUGCAGACAAACUUGCCCUUCAAGAUAUCAGUCUGACCACCUUGGAGGUGGCUUAUUGCAGCGACCUGAGGAUGGGCCUGAAAAACCUGAUGCAAGCCAGCAGGAACCUGGGUUUGUCAGACAUCGAUAGGAUCAUCAGGAAUAUCCGCGAAUUCUUGUGCCGGCAGGCGGGGACUGCGGGCAAAUUAUAAAUGGAACAGGGACCAGGCUAGUGUGGAUCAUCCAAUGUGUCGGAGAAUGUAAGGAAUGCGCAAGGCCGUUCGUCUGCUGUGUCUAUCCGAGCCUAUCAAGGAACAGUGCUCCAGCCUAAUCCCACCCUCCCAUGCUGGGUCUGGGGUCCGGUGGUCACAGCCCCUCUGGCCCACGCCCAGGCACUAUCUAAAUGUGGGCGCCGUUUCAGCCAUCAUUCGCCUCCCAAAAAUAGAGGACCACACCCCCACCACGGGAAUGAUUUUCCUCACCACCCUUCUAAACAUACAACAAAUGACAGUACAACAGAGGAACAGACCACCAGGACUGUUCUUAUCUGCCUGCACAUGAUCCAUAUCCCUCCAUUCCCUGUAUAAUCCAUGUGCCAGUCCAAAAGUGUAUUACAAGCCACUGUCCUAUCUGCUUCCACCACCACCCCGGCAGCACGUGCCAGGCAUUCACCAUCUUUUGUGUAAAAAAAAAACUUGCCUGCACAUCUCCUUUAAACAUUGCCCCCUGACUAAAAGGCUAUGCCUUCUAGUAUUUGAUAUUUUCAUCCUGGGAAAAAGGUUCUAACCGUCUACCCUGCCUAUUCCCUCGGUAAUUUUACUCGGCAACUUUGCCACUCAUGUGGCCCCCUGGGGUGAUAUUCCUGCCCUUGUUUGAGGGGCAUCUCAACCAUACAUUGCCCCCCAAUGUCAUGAAGUGGAAGUCUGGAGCGGGCCAGUCGGCAACAAUCCCUGACGGACAUCUGCUGAGAGAUCAACAAGGUUUGGGCUGACCAAAGAGCGUCUUUCACUGAGUUUAUUACCUUCCAGCAGCACUUGACAUUUGUCUCCGAAUGUGUCCCUGGGAACAGUCCGUAAAUCAGAAAGUCCUCUGUUACAGAUUUGUUCAGAAUAAACCGAGACAGGGAGUCUAUUCAAGGGAGUCUUGAAUAGGUGGGCAACCGUCUCCUCUCCAUAGCAUCCGUCCCGAGGGCAGCCUGCGCUGGUAGUGAGGUUCCGAUGGUGCAGGAAGGAUCUGAGUAGGAGGGCUCCUCUCACCACCAGCCAACCGAGAUCUUGGUGCUUGUUGGUGAGUUUUGGCGAUGUGACAUUUAGAAACAUAGAAAAUAGGUGCAGGAGGAGGCCAUUCGGCCCUUCGAGCCAGAACCGCCAUUCAU